AUGAAAAAAUUGUCUGAAUCAAAAAUAAACCAUAUUAUUAAUCGUACAGUUGAUUAUUGGACUUAUACGUUUGGUACUAAAAAUCAUGAUACAUCCGUAACAAAAAAUGAACUUAGAGAAUAUAUUAAUAAGAUUAAUAAUUAUAAGUCAAUUGAUGAGUAUGAUGAUGGUUAUAUGAAUACUGCUAUCGGUUAUUUAAAACCUAAAGUCAAAAUUAUUUUAACAAAUGCAUAUGAUAAAGGUAUUCAUUACUGGGCUGAAGGAAUGAUUCAUAGAGUUACACAUCAUGAAGCAUUGAAAAAAAAUAAAAGUCUAGAAGAUAAAAUAUACAUAAUGGAUUCAUGUAUAACUCGAGUAUUGGAUGAUAUAGGAAAAACUAAUAAAAUUACUACUCUGUUGAUAAUGCUUAUAAUCUUCAAAAAGAAAUGGAUGAAUUGGAUAAAAAAUAUAAAUUUUAUUUAA